AUGGGUGGUAUUCAAGUCAAUAUAUCUGUGCCAUCGCCUGUAGGAGGGAUGUCGCCUCUGGACGGUUCACCCCUGUUAACGAACGGCAAUUUUAAGACACAGCCGACGAUCAAGAACCAGGUAAUCUCAAUGAUCCAGACGAAGAGGGGCUUGUUUCGGGGUGAAGUACAGUGGUGUAGCAAUCUUUCUUUAAAUGACUGGCGUACCCAUUAUCUAGCGAUCAAUGAAACCGGUGAGCUAUGCCAUGCGGUGAGCAAAGAGAGCGUUGCAGAUCUUCAAAAGACAGCCCAAUCUGCUAGUACUUCAAAUGGAGCAAUCAUCAAGCAUCUUCAGAGCUGUAAGCUCCAAUUGAUUGACGAAGUAGGACUCGAGUGUUCCAUUAUUAAAGUGGAGACUUACUAUAAUACAAUUUACCUACGAGUUACAGAUCACUCCACAUUCUUGGAGUUGCUCUCGGCCUUGCUCUUCUGGAAAAGCUUGAAAGAUCGCGGAAUUUUCAAUAAGUGUUCAGUGGUUCAGCCCAUUUUCCCAAACCAAGGGAAACCUGUGGAUCUGCUUGUUUGUCAGUUUAAUAUCUACGGCCCAAUUCCCAGAAACAAGCAUGUUCAUUUACUCGAGAAUUAUCUUCCGCCUCCUGAACCUCAUAUAUCCCACAAUAAAGCUGAUGAGGGUUGGUUUUCAGCGAUGGGGCGGCUAAAGUCUGACGGAACUCUUGACUUGCUAUUGCAAAGUGAUGGCUCCCUACUCUACUCUAUCAAUAUUCCUCUGCUAUUAAGAUCGGAAAUCCAAAUUUUGGAUUCUUCAAUAUUCCAAAAUGACAACUACCUGUUUUUAGGAAUCAUUCCAGCACUACGCAAUCAGUUAGGGCUCUCGACAAAUGAUACUUUAUUUUCUAAUAUAUCAAGAUCCCAAGUAGGAUUGCAACGUUUCUUUCUUCAGUUUCCACUGAGAAUAGAUUUAGAGGACUGGUAUGUUGCUUUAAGCUCCUAUGCUAAGCUAGAGAUGGUUUCACUAAUUGGAACCGAUAAGUCUAAUGAAUUGAGAAUUUCGAAUCGAUUCAAGAUUUCAAUUCUCGAGGCCGACUUUAGUGGCAUUAACUUAUCAAAAAUGAAUGCAGAAACUGCAAAGCAAGAGCCGCCAUCACUCUAUGCAGAAGUUUCAAUUUGGGGCUAUCCAUGGGCCAGAACCUCCAUUGUUUCUUCCUCAAACUCACCUUUCUGGAGAGAGGAGUUUAAUUUCAAUUUUUCGGUCAAAACAUCUCCAGUAUGCAUUUGCAUUAGGCAAGCAGAUACUGCAAACAGUGUCUAUCACAGCUCUGACAAAAUACUAGGUCACAUAGAGGUUACGCAGGAAAUGAUAAAUGAGACCACCCUAAAUGUCGAAACAAGACUUCCUAUAUUCGACGCGGAAAACAAACAUUUCCAAUUAGGUACCAUUUGUAUCAAGAUCGAUUCAAGUUUGAAUUUCGUCUUACCUUCAAUUAACUUCACCAAGUUUGAAUCUAUUCUAUCAGCCAUGGAUUUAAAAAGCAUGACAGAAUAUGUCUAUGAUCCUUCAAUCAGUGAUAUUUUGAAAUUAGAGGAUCUUUCCAUAGUGUUCUUGGAUAUUUUUCAAGCGAUUGAACGUGAGAAUGACUGGUUUCACGCGUUAAUUGACAAGGAAAUGUCCAAAAUAGACGACUCUGUUUUGAAAAACAACAAUAAUAACCUUUCAUCUGCUCAUAUUUACAACUCUCUUUUCCGAGGCAAUUCUAUCUUAACGAAAUCUGUGGAGAAGUAUUGUUACAGAAUUGGUCAAGAAUAUCUAGAUAAGGCAAUUGGUAAUAUUCUUCGAAGAAUCAUUAAAAGUGGCAAAUGCCUGGAACUGGAUCCGAAUAGAAUCAAAGAGAGUGAUGCAGGUAAAAAGCAACAAAUAUUAGAUGAAAACUUUCAAAAUUUUUCAAGGUGCAUUGAGCAUUUAUGGAGACGCAUCUAUCUUACCAGUAAUGAUUUGCCUUCUGGGGUUAAAGAUCAACUAAAAAUAUUUCGCAAAAAGCUAGAAAUAAUGCGCCAUGGCGAUGAUGAUGUGAGAAGUACUAUAAACUGCAUUUCCGGGUUCUUGUUUCUCCGUUUUUUCUGUCCCGUUAUCUUAAAUCCAAAGCUCUUUAACAUGGUUGAGAACCACCCAUCAGAGGCUUCUCGGAGAACUUUAACUUUAUUGACUAAGGUUCUACUGAACUUAUCUACUUUGACACCGUUUGGGCAGAAGGAACCAUGGAUGAUCAGAAUGAAUGACUUUAUAUCAGCUCACGAAGAGGAAUUAUUAGAUUACAUGGACAAAGUCACCGAGAAGAAGCUUGACUUCUCACCUAAAUGUCUGAAAUUAAGCGACAGCGUCGCAAGACCCAAAUUAACGAUGAAUAAAAGUAUCCUUAAGGAACUACCGUCCAAUCCAUUUUUAAUCGACAAAUAUUUGAGGGAGACAGAGCUCAUCAGUGUUUUCGCAAUGACCAAACAAAAUGUGGGGCUGCCAGAAAGUCGCUCGAGGAGUAUUAGUAUGAAUAGAUUAUCCAAAGAUACAUCUGCAACCCUCCCAACGUCACCUACAGACGAAAGAAUAAAAAUAGGUGAGCUCGAAUUUGAAAAACUGAGUGAAAAUAACGCUGAAGUCUUUGGAGAUGAUUUGAUGAAAUUUCUUGCCGAUGAAGAAAAUGAAAGUAAAGGAAAUGGUAAAUUGAAUAGCGUGUCUCCUAAAGAAAGCAGAGAUCUGGUCAAAAACCUAGAACAGGAAGCAAGCCUAUUACAUCAUAAAAUCGACCACUUGACUCACGUUUUGUCGGAUUACGAAUUUCCAAGCGAUAUCAUCAUUGGGAAAGCUGAAUUUGCAGACUUUUUGAUUGAAAGCCUAUAUUUUGACAAGGAUAAAAAUCUCAAGAUCGAUCUGCAUGACACAUUCGCCAAAAAAGAGGGCCUGAAAAGGGUUUUUACUAAUACUUCUAGCAACAUUAAAUUCUUCAAUAAUGGAAGUCAAUCACUUAAUGAUCUAAAUUCAAUGUCACAAUCCGAAGAUGAAAAAAUAAUCAAUCAGUCAGUACCAAAGCUACGACACUCCAAAUCCAGGAAAUUUUCGCAGAUCGUAAGGAAGGCAGCGGGAGAGCCCAAUCAAGAUGGGAAGGGAACAAACAAAUUCCUCCGCCUGUUCAAGAAGAGUUGA